UCAUUACCUUAGGCAAGUUAUUCCCCUAUGGGGAUUCCUAUUUGUAAUUGUUAUCGCUGCAAGAAAGGCAUAUAAAUAGGCGCGUCCGAUGAUUCGCAAGCAGAAUAACAGAGAGCCAACAUGAAAUUCCUGUCAAUUUUUGUGAUGAUGGCGCUCAUCAUCUGCGCUGCUAGCAAGAAUCACGAGGAGUGGAAAGGACAGCGACCAGGGGAUUACGAUCGCAGACCAUAUUCUAACCCUUAUGCUUAAGAAACUUGUGCAAAACUUACGACUAAAGGAAACAUAAUAAACAAUUUGAAUGAGUUUAAAAAUGUA